CGUCCCCCGGCACGUGGGGCGGGGGCGGGGGUGAAUGAAGUGGAAGCGAUUCCCCCGCCCCCGCGCUUAGCUCCCCCUCUCUGUGGGGCCCGCCCCCCCUCGGCGCCCAGUCCAGCGUCUGCCUGUCCGCCUGCGGCUGGUACUGGACCCUGACGUCUGGCUCCCCUGGGCCAGGACCCUGCGUCGCGGACUCGCGAUGGCCAAGCGCAGCUCGCUGUCCAUCCGCAUCGUGGAGGGGAAGAACCUGCCCGCCAAGGACAUCACGGGCAGCAGCGACCCUUACUGCAUCGUGAAGGUGGACAACGAGCCCAUCAUCAGGACGGCCACUGUGUGGAAGACCCUGUGCCCCUUCUGGGGCGAGGAGUAUCAGGUGCACCUACCCCCCACCUUCCACUCGGUGGCCUUCUAUGUCAUGGACGAGGAUGCCCUCAGCCGGGACGACGUUAUUGGGAAGGUCUGCCUGACCAGGGACACCCUGGCCUCUCACCCUAAGGGUUUCAGCGGGUGGGCGCAUCUGAUGGAGGUCGACCCGGACGAGGAGGUGCAGGGCGAGAUCCACCUGCGGCUGGAGGUGGUGUCGGGGACCCGGGGCUGCCGGCUGCGCUGCUCGGUGCUGGAGGCCAGGGACCUCGCGCCCAAGGACCGGAACGGUGCCUCUGACCCCUUUGUCCGUGUGCGCUACAAGGGCCGGACGCACGAGACCUCGAUCGUGAAAAAGUCCUGCUACCCACGCUGGAACGAGACAUUUGAGUUCGAGCUGGAGGAGGGGGCCGCGGAGGCACUGUGCGUGGAGGCCUGGGACUGGGACCUUGUCAGCCGCAACGACUUUCUGGGCAAAGUGGUGGUCAACGUCCAGAGACUGCGCGCGGCCCAGCAGGAGGAGGGCUGGUUCCGGCUGCAGCCCGACCAGUCCAAGAGUCGCCAGCGGGAAGAGGGCAACCUGGGCUCCUUGCAGCUGGAGGUGCGGCUUCGGGACGAGACGGUGCUGCCCUCCGGCUGCUACCAGCCCCUGGUGCAGCUGCUGUGCCGUGAGGUGAAGCUGGGCACCCAGGGCCCAGGGCAGCUGAUCCCACUCAUAGAGGAGACGACAAGCACAGAGUGUCGCCAGGAUGUGGCAAGCACGCUGCUCAGGCUCUUCCUGGGGCAGGGUCUGGCCAAGGACUUCCUGGACCUGCUCUUUCAGCUGGAGCUGGGCCGCACCAGUGAGGCCAACACCUUGUUCCGGAGCAAUUCUCUGGCCUCCAAGUCCAUGGAGUCUUUUCUGAAGGUGGCUGGGAUGCGGUAUCUGCACGGCGUCCUGGGCCCCAUCAUUGACAGGGUAUUUGAGGAGAAGAAGUACGUGGAACUGGAUCCCAGCAAAGUAGAGGUCAAGGAUGUAGGGUGCUCGGGGCUGCACCGCCCGCAGACGGAGGCUGAGGUGCUGGAGCAGAGCGCGCAGACGUUGCGCGCCCACCUGGGGGCGCUGCUGAGCGCGCUGAGUCGCUCGGUUCGCUCCUGCCCGGCUGUGGUCCGCGCCACCUUCCGCCAGCUCUUCCGGCGCGUGCGCGAGCGCUUCCCCAGCGCCCAGGACGAGAACGUGCCCUUCAUCGCUGUCACCAGCUUCCUGUGCCUGCGCUUCAUCUCUCCUGCCAUCAUGGCGCCCAAGCUCUUCCACCUGCGCGAGCGGCACGCGGACGCCCGCACCAGCCGCACCCUGCUCCUGCUGGCCAAGGCCGUCCAGAACGUGGGCAACAUGGACACGCCGGCUUCCAGGGCGAAAGAGGCUUGGAUGGAACCGCUGCAGCCCACAGUGCGCCAGGGCGUGGCCCAGCUAAAGGACUUCAUCGCCAAGCUGGUGGACAUCCAGGAGAAAGAGGAGCUGGACCUGCAGCGAUCCCUGAGCUUGCAGGCACCGCCAGUGAAAGAGGGGCCGCUCUUCAUCCACAGGACCAAGGGCAAGGGCCCUCUUAUGUCCUCCUCCUUCAAGAAGCUCCACUUCUCCCUCACCACGGAGGCCCUCAGCUUUGCCAAGACACCCAGCUCCAAGAAAAGCACCCUCAUCAAGCUCUCCAGCAUCCGGGCAGUGGAAAAGGUGGAGGAGAAGAGUUUUGGCAGCUCCCACGUCCUGCAGGUCCUCUACACGGACGACUCGGGCCGGCUGCAGACCGCCUACCUGCAGGGCAAGUGUGUAAACGAGCUGAACCAGUGGCUGUCUGCCCUGCGCAAGGUCAGCAUCCACAACACCGGCCUGCUGGGCUCCUACCACCCUGGCAUCUUCCGUGGAGACAAGUGGAGCUGCUGCCACCAGAGGGACAAGACAGAUCUGGGCUGCGAUAAGACACGGCCCCGGGUGACCCUGCAGGAGUGGAAUGACCCUCUGGACCACGACCUGGAGGCCCAGCUCAUCUACCGGCACCUGCUGGGUGUGGAGGCCGAGCUACGGGAGAAGCACCGGCAGCUGCUGGCGGGGCCAGGAGCAGGUCCUGUGCCCACGGGCCCUGGCGAAGCCCCCCAAGACCCACUGGCCCAGCUGCUCCAGGUGCUGCAGGAUCUCAAGGAGGCCCAUAGAUCCAGUCCAGCAGGCUCACCGUCCUCGGAGCCCAGUCACCUCCUGGAGCUGCAGACGUGAGGCUGACCUACGCCCCCACCGCUGCCAAGCCCCGCCAGGUGCUGGGAGACCCCCGUGCACACCCUGCUUUUCACCUCAGUCCCUCUUGCAGUGCAGGGCUUGGGUCUGUGCUGGGCCGGGGGACCAGGGGGCCCAGAAGUCCAGAGCUGACAUGACUCUGGCCCGUUGUUGCCCACCUGGCAUCCCCGAGGGACUUCAGGAGCACCUGCUCCUCUCUGAGGCCUGGCUGCUCCCUGCCACCCCUGCAGCCCAGACUCUCCAGGGACCCUCCUCUCCUGCCCAGGGCAGACCCAGCUGGAACCCACUCCUAGGGUGGUCCACACCCAGUGGACCCAGAGAGGCACGAGGGAACGUGGGGCCCAGGAGACCAGGCCUCCAGCUCAGCACCCCCUUUGCUCCCGGCCACAACCCCACCCGCUCUCCUCACGGCCUCGUCUGUGCCCCCGGGGAGAGCAUCGUGGUGCUGUAUUGCCAACAAUAAACCUGCUGGGACUGCG